GCACUCGAAAUUGUGACCGGAAGUACUUUGGCGUGUGAGGUAGUGCUGCCGGCUGGGCAUGUCAUCGCCGUAAACCCAAACAAGCAGAUGCAAACACCGAAUAACCUCAAUCGUCGCCCUCGCCAGGCAUUGUACUGGGCCGAAAUCUAGUAUGGAUGUUGAUGACUGCAAUGGCCAGUCUUACAUGUCAGUUAGUGGAGACUCUUCAAUGGAAAAGGAGUUUUCUGGGGGCCUUGGUGGUCCGACAGUAAGCACUCCAAAUAGUAAGGAAACCUCACCUCACCGCUCGCUUAGCGCAAAUUCCAUUAAAGUCGAGUUGUACAGUGAUGAAGACCCCGGUCCUAAUAACGAUGAUGAGCGAGUGGAACGUAUCGAGGAAGGAGGCGUGGAUCAGGGAACAGAGCCGCCUGGUCACAGGGAGCUUGCCAAUCAUGACAACAUUCGACUGCCCAGUGGGAAGCUGAAGUGUGACAUCUGUGGCAUGAUCUGCAUUGGGCCCAAUGUUCUCAUGGUGCACAAACGCAGUCACACAGGUGAGCGGCCAUUCCAGUGUAAUCAGUGUGGUGCCUCCUUCACUCAAAAAGGAAAUCUGCUCCGUCACAUUAAGCUGCACUCCGGAGAGAAGCCCUUUAAAUGUCCUUUGUGUAGCUAUGCCUGUAGAAGAAGAGACGCCCUCACCGGCCAUCUUCGCACUCAUGCCGUAUCCUCUCCAACUGCUGGGAAGCCAUACAAAUGCAGUUACUGUGGUCGCAGCUACAAGCAACAGAACACUCUGGAGGAGCACCUUGAACGCUGCUACAACUACUUACAGACUGUUGAGUCAAAACAGCCUCAUAAUGCUCAGCAUCCAGGAGAGGAGAUUAGGGAGAUGGAGUACAUCCCAGACUCCCCGCUUCAUGCCUACUCAGACAAGAUGAUGUUUGUUGAUCGGCUCGCCAGCAGCGUCACCAAACGCAAAAGAUCCAUGCCACAAAAAUUUGUAGGACAGAAGCACAUACAUAGUGGAAAUGCACCGUACGAGCUAAAUGCUGCUUUGGACAAAGAUGUAGAGACACAUCCAGGAGACUUGGAAGGCCUACGCGUUCCUAGAAGAGAGUAUGCAGGCAGUGAUGGAGGAGGAGGAGGGAUGGCGGACACCCUGCAGCCUCUCCAUCUCCCCAUCACUCACCCUUCGUGCUUAUCCGAACUCCGAUCGAUGCACAGCGCCGCUUAUGCGCCGGGCGUUCUCGGCCUGAGGCUGGACUGCAUGGGGGCCAGUGUAGGGCUGGGGCCCGCCAAUGUGGGGAGAAGGGAAGCGGCGGAGGGUCACGAAGACCUGCCCGUGGGUCGCAGUCAGGCAGCCUCCCCCACCAACGGUUGCCAGGACUCUACGGACACGGAAAGCAUGCCGGACGAGCCGUGCAACAGCACCAGGAACAACGGGCAUCAUCUCCACAACACGGCGGCUCCUUCGCACUACAAAAUUUGGGACGGACACAGCCCCGCCCACGCCAAAGACCGGGAGACCAAAAGAGAGGACGGAAGUCACCACGCGCCCCCUCCGUCGGGCCUCGCCCCAAUGCCCAGUUCACCUACGGCGCCCUCGUCCACCUCAAGGGAGACUCUGCGAGUGGUAGACGGCGAAGGGCGGACCGUGCGCUGCUUCCGAUGCGACCACUGCCGCGUGCUCUUCAUGGACCACGUCAUGUUUACCAUCCACAUGGGGUGCCAUGGAUUUCGGCAACCUUUCGAGUGUAACAUCUGCGGCCACCGGAGCAAAGAUCGCUACGAGUUUUCUUCGCACAUCGUCCGUGGAGAGCACAUCCUCGACUGAGGAACAGUCCCGAUGAGCUCGGCCUGGCAUGGUUUGGUCUGCACAGCACAAAGGAAAUCCAUUAUUUAUCCUAAUGCACUUUGAAAAUGUCUCUGAACAUGCACUUUUUCCCAUCCACACAUGUGCCUUGCGCCCAAAUUCAGGAUUCCCACCUAAUGCACAUAUUGUGGUUGACCAAUCCGACCUGAAAACUCUUGAGCACUUUAACAGAUUCUUCAUCCCAAAAAGUCAAAUGUGAAGACCCUCGCCUCAUUUGAAGAAACGGCCCUUAAAAACCUCUCAUUAACAUUCACUAUCACGUUUUUAUGUCCUAGUUUUAAGUGCAGACCAAAUGAAAGAGCCAGGUCAAAGUUCACGAGAUGUUUAGAAAGUGGUCUGUGAAUCAUAAAUGCACUUUUUGUUUUGUGUCAAGUGGUAGGCUGAUUGAACUGAGUGUACGUAUGUGAGAUAUUGUUAGUUUUCUGGAAAUCGGUAGACCGUGUGAAGGCCAGUGAACAAUGGAGGCCUUUACUUGGACGACUUGUGAGCGUUACCUAUCUGUGUUUUUUUUUUCAAAUUUGUUCUAUAACUGCUUCUGUUGCACUGAUACUUGCCAGAAAAUCAUGAUCAUAUUAAACUGUUUUAUAGACUACA